ACACUAGCUCAGUGUUGGUCAUCAGGAUCCCAGUUCAACAGCGGUUACUCCCGCCAACUGUCAAUGUACGGCCUUCAUCAUCAUCACCAUCAGCACCGUGACUCGGGAACCACUCACUCUCUCCCUCUCUCUCAAACACACGCACAAAUCCCACUCGACAUUCGUCGAAUAUAUUCCGGAGCGAAUCGACGACCCGACCCCCGUCGAAGCGGUCGACCCACAGACAAGACGGAUAUAUUCGAGGCAGAUCCCGUAGGCGUCGAUUUGGGAAGUUGAAAUAAAAGGGGGAGGGGCAAUAUUCGGUUUUGAUCGACACACCAAAACAGAUAUUGUCCGUUGGUUCGUCGAGGGUUGGUUGGGCUGAGCUAUAGCUAGCUAUAACUACACCUACCUACCUACCUACCUAGCUGACUGACUGACCGGUCUGCGACAUGAGGAUGCACUGAUUCAGUUCCCUUGUCACCUCUCUGUCUGUCUCUUUCUCUCUCCCUCUUCUCUCUCUCUCUCCCUCCCUCUCUCCCUUUUCUCUCUCUCUCUCUCUCUCUCUCUCUCUCUCUCUCUCUCUCUCUCUCUCUCUCUCUCUCUCUCUCUCUCCUUCUGUUCAUACAUGACAGGACGUAAUGCCCGUGUUUGUGUACGUGUUGACCCAAGCCUGACCCCGGUCGAGAAUUUAUGGGAAGUGGACGCCGAUAGUUUUGGAAAACCCGAUUUUAUAAACCUGUCAUAAUUCGGGAAGAGGGAAAAUAUGUGUUUGUGUGUAUUAUCGACGAUGCCAUAUGCCGCCGUCGACUGCAACAUAUUCGCGCUAACGGAUUCGUAAACAAUCGGCGAAAUAAUAGAUUCGUGUGCAUUAAAUCGAAGGUUGGUCGUUUUGUGAGUGAAAUGUGGUGCUGGUUUUGUGACGUUCGAAAGAUUUGUGGAUUUUGUGGAAAGUGAAAGGCACUUGUGACAUGUUUUAACACUUUUCUUUUAAAUAAAGUGAGGAGGCAACUUGAAGUUCGAAAAGAGGGAAAAGCACCUGCGAACGCUUUCGAACACUGUUUAUAAAUGAAGAGCCAGGACAACUUAAAGUUUGAAAAAAGUGAAACUCAAAAUUCUGAACAGUUUUCAACACUUUUUAUUUAAAUACAGAGACGCAGCAGCAAUUUGGAGUUUGUAAAGUGACGAUCAUUUGCUAUCCACGGAGCAAAUGUGAACACUUAUUCAGCACUUUAUAAGCGCAGAGACACGACAACUUGAAGUUCGUAAAGUGACAAUAAUUUAAUACCAACGUCGCAAAAGUGAAAAGCUCUUGAACACUUUAUUCAUCAAGAGAGACGCGACAGCUUGAAGUCUGAAAAGUGACAAUCCUUCAAAAUCCAGUUGUGGACACUUUUGAACGCUUUCUUAAUACAGAGGUAGGACACGGAAGUGAAAUGCAAUUUUGAGCACUUUUUCGACACAGAGGCACUGUAAUUCGAAAUUUAUAAAGUGAAAAGCCAUUAAUAUCCAGGGCAAUAGAGUGAAAAACACUUCUGAACACUUUUCAACACCUAUUAUAAGAAAUACAGAAACACUUCAACUCAAAGUUCAAAAAGUGACAAUCACUUAAUAUCCACAGAACAAAAUUGAAAAGCACUUUCAAAUCAUUUUUAUACCUGAAGAGAGACGGCAACUUGAAGUUCGAAGACUGGCACUACUUUGAAACACUUAUUAGACACUUAAUUUUAAAUGCAAAGACACUGCCACUUGCAGUUCCACAAGUGACAAUCAUUAUUACCCACGAUUCAAAAGUGAAAACCACUUUUUGAACACUUUUCUGAAAUCAUUAUAAAAAAUACAGCAACACUGCAACUUGCAGCUCCAAAACUGAUCGCAACCCAACAUCACCUCAGGUUAAAGUUUCUCGAGAAAACAGCCGGUUUGUUUAAGUGGGAAUCUUAUACCUCCAAUAAAACGAAAUUCACCUCAGUUAAACCUUCCUCCUCACCGAAUAGAAAGUAAAAAAAAAAAAAAAAAAAAAUGCUUUCACCAUCCCACGCAACUUUUCUCCUCUUCGUCCUCUUCCUUCUCCCUAUCACAACCUCAGGAGUCUACGACGAUUCGGAUAAGCAAGUCGAGCUCCAAUCGGCCAUCAUGAUGAGCCAGCUGGCCCUGGUCCAACACUCCGAAAUUCUCGCGGAGAUCCUGAAUACAACGAGGACCCAGCAGUGUUCGUCGUGUUACGCCGAAGGAGUGUCGAACAGCCUGAAUUCCCUAAUGAGGCUAAAAGAAGCUGCUAUUGCCCUACUCGAGAGAGAGAGCCCUACUACUAAAAGGAACGGCUGCCCCUACCCUUACACGGAGGUCGUCUACGAGUGUUUCUACGCCCACCCGAAGAAGCUGGCGUGGCACCAGGCCAGGAGGGUAUGUCAGGGUAUGGGGGGCGACCUAGCGGAGCCCCAGAACGUCUACGCCUUGCAAACGUACUUGGCGGAAACUUUCGGUCCGAGUUACUUCUGGGUAGGAGGGAACAGCCUGGACUCCGGCGACGGCGCCUGGAGUUGGGUCUCGGGGCGUCCCAUAGACCCGGAGGAUUGGCUCUUCCUUCGGCCGGACAACCUCGGGGGGGACGAAAACUGCCUGGAGAUAGUCAUGUCGGACUACCCGAAGCUCUUCAACGACGAGACUUGCACCGUCGUCCAGAGAUUCAUCUGUCAGUACCGACAUGGCUGACUUCUUCGUCGUCAUCUUUUUCUCUCCUCUUCUUCUCUCCUCUUAGACCAGAACUCUUUUUUCAAGGUUUAACGACUGAAUUCUCCCUCUUAUUUCUCCUCUUAGACCAGAACUCAUGAAGAAGGUUUUAAAGACUGUAUUCAUUCGAAAUUGUGUUCUUCGGCCUAGUCACAAGACUAGUCUCAAGUUAAAGAUUUGUUGCUUCUUAGGCUGACUUUCUCUUCCUCUUAUGCGAGAACUCUUGAAGGUUCAGCUUCGGCAUUCAAUCGAAGUGGUGCUCUCUAGGCCUAGUCUGUCUCAAGCUAACGAUUUAUUUUGUGUUAAUCUACUUUUAUGGAGGCUUUCUCUCUCUCUCUCUCUCUCUCUCUCUCUCUCUCUCUCUCUCUCUCCAUCUUCCUCUUAGACGAGAACUCUUGAAGGUUCAGCUUCGGUAUUCAAUCGAAGUAGUGCUCUCUAGGCCUAGUCUCAAGCUAACGAUUUAUUUUUGCUUGUGUUAAUCUACUCUUAUGGAGGCCUCUCUCUCUCUCUCUCUCUCUCUCUCUCUCUCUCUCU